CCUUACUGUUCAGCACAGCCCCAAUGCUAUCUGCACUCUCAGCUCCCAACUGUAGACAAAGCAAAAGGCGAUGCGUGUGGCUGGGAAGCUUCCUUCUCCUCAACUGAUGCUAUUCCCGCCGUAUGCCAAGCCCCAGGAUCCCUAGAUCCAAGCGCCAGAUCACCGGCAUGAAGGCGGUCUUGCUCGUCCUCACGGCCGCUUUGCUGUGGCCGAGCGGCGGACACUCGUCAUUUAUUCAGCCGUUCGGCGAAUGCGCCCGGAGCCGCGGCUCGGGCGCCUCAUACCGGGGCGCGAUCGACGUCACCGAGUCCGGCGCACGGUGCAUGAACUGGAGUGAGGUGGGCGGCUUCACGGAGCGUCACCCGGGCAAAGGCGUCGGGGAGCACAAUCAGUGCCGGAACCCUGACGGAAGAAUCCGAGCGUGGUGCUUCUUCCGGAACCAGAGAGGCAGAGUGGACUGGGGCUACUGCGACUGUAAACAAGGUUCAAUACGACUGCAAGGGGGCCGCUCCAAACUGGAAGGCAGGGUGGAGGUCUACCUGGAUGGAGUGUGGGGGUCCGUAUGCAGCGACGACUGGCGUGAUGAAGAGGCUGCAGUUGUGUGCAGGCAGCUCGGCAGGGGCCUCUCAGGCCGUGCUCAUGCACUCCCUCUGUCUCGUCCGAGCAUGGCCAAGCUUCACUGGUGGGCUGUCCACUGCCAGGGAGAUGAACCUGAUCUGCUACAGUGUCCCAAAACCAUGUGGAAUGGAGGCGAGUGCUCUCUGAGUGCAGCUGUGACCUGCACUAAGCAGCAUGACGCAGUGAUGCUGCCUAUACGGCUGGUAGGAGGCCGGUCAAUGUCUGAGGGCACAGUUGAGGUGUUCCAUGCGGGCCAAUGGGGAUCCAUAUGUGAUGACCAGUGGGACGACAGCGAUGCAGAGGUGAUAUGUCGACAAUUGGGGCUGAGUGGUAUAGCACGGGCAUGGGGCCAGGCCCAUUAUGGGAAGAGUUCUGGCCGCGUGUGGCUGGAUGAGGUGAGAUGCACAGGAAAUGAACUCACUGUGGAGCAGUGUCUGAAAAGUUCUUGGGGAGAACACAACUGCGUCCAUUCUGAGGAUGCUGGCGUCUCUUGCAGCCCUCUGACAGAUGGUACUGUUAGGUUAGUAGGUGGGACUGUGGGCUACGAGGGACGCUUAGAAGUCUUCUACCAUGGACAGUGGGGAACGGUGUGUGAUGAUGGCUGGACAGACUCAAGCACUCAAGUGGUGUGCCGCCAACUUGGUUACAGGUUAGGUCAAACUCUGGUCCCUGAAGGACUAGACAUCACGCUGGUCCCUCGUUUCGGGGUUGCAUCUGGUCCUAUUCUUUUGGAUGACGUGAGCUGCACAGGCAAAGAGCCUAGCCUAUUGCUGUGCAAGAGGGAGGAGUGGCUCCAUCAUGACUGCACACACCAUGAAGAUGUUAACAUCGCAUGCAAUGCAGAACGCCUUGGAGACCGGCUUCCAACUAGUGUCCCAGUGAGGCUCGUGGGAGGAGAAAGCCCCAGAGAAGGGCGGGUGGAGAUCUACCUUUCUGGUCAGUGGGGGACGGUGUGUGAUGACGGAUGGACCGAUCACGAUGCUGAAGUUGUGUGUCGACAGAUGGGAUACAGUGGUCUGGCCAAGGCCCGUGUGAUGGCGUACUUCGGCGAGGGGAGGGGGCCCAUUCACGUGGACAACGUGAAGUGCAGUGGCGACGAACGCUCCAUCACCGACUGCAUCAAGCAGCCGCCUGGCACACACAACUGUCGCCACAGUGAGGACGCCGGAGUCAUCUGUAACUAUGGUGAACAUCAGCCUGACCACAAAGAGGUCAAAGCUCCUGUCAAUCAGAUUUGUGGGCUGCGGCUCAUACACACUCGGCAGCGUCGAAUCAUUGGAGGAGAGAACUCUCUAAGGAGUGGCUGGCCGUGGCAGGCUGCGAUACGUUUGCGGGGGUCCCGAGGAGACGGGCGACUGGUGUGUGGAGCCACUCUGAUUGACACCUGCUGGGUCCUCACAUCAGCACACUGCUUUAAGAAGUACGGAAACAGCACCAAGCAGUACAAAGUCAGAGUGGGUGACUAUCACUCCCUCGUCCCCGAGGAGUAUGAGGAGGAGUACGGUGUCAAUCAGAUCGUCAUCCAUCCAAGUUACCGCUCCCACAGCAACGAUUACGACCUGGCCUUGGUUCGGCUGUCACCGGGGGCUGUGGGUCACACACCGGGAGAGUGCGUGUCAUUCAGCCGUCACGUCCUUCCCGCCUGUCUGCCCCUGAGGAAGGAGAGAGCGCUCAAACAAGCCAGCAACUGUCACAUCACUGGCUGGGGUGAUACAGGCCGCUCAUAUUCCAAGACCCUCCAGCAGGCGCCGCUCUCCCUCCUCCCUCGCCGCCAAUGCCAGCAGUAUUUUCAGGGAGCUUUCACCAGCCGCAUGCUGUGUGCCGGCAGCGUGCAGCAAGAGAAGCGUGUGGACAGUUGCCGCGGCGACAGCGGAGGGCCGCUCGUGUGUGAGCGUCCCGGAGGGGGCUGGGUGGUUUAUGGUGUCACGUCGUGGGGUCACGCCUGCCGGACGCAGCAGUCGCCCGGCGUCUACACCAAAGUGUCCGCCUUCAGCUCCUGGAUACACAAGGUGAUGACACAUCACGAGGGAAAACAUAGAAGCCGAUAAACAAAAGUGACCUCUAAGUCUCCACACUGACUUACCUGAUUGGUCAGUUGAGUUGAAUGAGGGUCACAUGACCAAAAAAAAAAAAAAAGACAAUACCGGCCUUUUUGCUCCACAAAAGCAUGUCUUUGUCAUAAGCACUUAUUUAAAUACGUUCCUUCGUACUUAUGUCUCUGCAAUAUUGUAAUGAAAAUAUUUUUUAAUGUCCUGUAUUUUGUAACAGCAUUUUGUACAUGUGAGUCAUAAAGUUGUUUAAAGGGACCACCCUUUACUAAAGCA